AUGUCAAUGAUGAUAGGCUGGUGCUUACAUCGUUACGAGACCGACAAUUCUAUUCCGUCGCAAAAGUAUUGGAAUGCUGUGGAUGAGGAAAGGGCUGCGAGGCUACAAGUCUGGGGACUACCAGCAUUUGCCCUUUUAGUUCUACUGGGCCAGCCGUUCGGAAACAGUCGACGCGUGGAUUUCAGAGCGAUUUACCAAUGGACGGAGGAUGAAAAGAGGAGAUUGGAAUUGACACAUUGGCUGGGGGGUGUACAAGGCUUUGGAUGUGGGCAGCAAUGGGGCCCAUCCCAAGCAGGGGCAUUCAACAGUCUUGCAAGCGGGAUCCACACUCAUUAUAGGAGUGCUGUGAAUCCAUUCCAAGCAGAGGCAUUCCACAGUGUUGGAAGUAAUACCGGGGCUCUGUAUAGGAGUACUGAGGCUCCUUAUAGGAUACAGGAGAACGCAUUGGGGCCCUUUGGGGUGACAUACGUAUCGGGAGGAAUUGAAGAUGAAGACUUUGAGCCUGCGUUUCAGGGUAGUCCUCCUCAGGAGGAGAGAUCCAGGCGGGCUGGUAACGGCAGAAAGAGGCCGCGCGAUUCAGAGGAGGAUACAGAGGAGGAGAUACAAGGGCUAGGAGUCUUCGACAACUGUGGGCAUAGGAAACGAAGUAAGCGUAUCCGAGAGGGAUCCAGCAGUACUGAUAACAGCACCAAGAAGAUGAAGAAGGAGAUGAAGAAGCUGAAAGCCAGCGUCAAGGAGAUGCUUGAGGAGACGCGCGAGCAGAUACGUGAGAUGCGGGAAGACAUUGAUUCAGACUCUGAGGCGUCGGCGACAUCAGAGUCGUCUCUGGAGGGAUAG